UAAGUAUGUAAGUUUCACCCAUCCCUAAUUCGCCGAAACGACUUUUGAGCAAGAAACUUUUUAUUUGUUAUUUUUUUGUUGGGAUUCGCGUGGAAAACGUUGAAAAGCCCAUCAUGAUGGAUGAGCAACUCAUUGAUGAGGUGGCUCAACACGGCGUGAUAUUCAAUCGUCAAAAGUAUUAUUUAAAUGGCAGUGCCAGCGGUGGAAAGUAUGAAACCAAGGACGAGGCUUGGCAACUUAUUGCUCUCAAGCUGCGCACCGAUGUUGAAACGUGUAAAAAGCGUUGGAAGUACUUGCGUGAACGCUAUGUGUCCCAACGGAAACAGGGCGAUCCACCUGUCUACGAACAUUUGUCCCGUCCAUAUUUAGAGAAAAUGAAAUUUCUGGAUCAGCACAUCCAGCCACGUAAAUCGUAUCGCAAUGUGCCCAACUUUCUGACCUCGCCGCAAUCAGCAAACAGUUCCAACUACAGCGAAUAUAAUGUGGACUCCAAGUCGAAUAGCUCACUCAAGAAUAUGUCACAUUUUGGCGGCGCCACGCAAAAUCAUCAUUAUCAUCAGCAGCAGCAUCAGCAAUCGUCGGAGCAACAGCAGCAUACAAUGAAUGCGCUCAGCUCGGCAGCUGUCUCAGCACUGGAGAACGUAAAUGGACAGGUGAAGAUUGAGGCGGAGAUUUUCAGAGAUUUCGCUGCCGCAGUGGCGUCGCAGCAACUGCAACACAUCUCCCAAUCUCAAAUGCAGCAGCAACAGGCGGCUGCAGUGGCAGCUGUCAUGGCAGACUCUUCACAGGGCUACCAGGAGCCGUAUCGAGAGAACAACGUCGGCAUAAAUGCUGCUCAGAACAGCGCUGGCAGCACAGGCGGCUUAACUUCGACGUCUUCCUCCAUGAAAUCGCCACUGUCAUCACCACUGCCUGGCAUUAGUUUAACUGGAGUGCAGGAAGAACAGGCGACGCCAUCGGGCUCAGCUGCGGGCCAACAGCCACCAGUACAUUCCUCUUCCAGUGUAGCUGGCAUUGCCAACAAUAUGCAAGUGCAGGCGGCGCAUGGAUAUAAUCAUAAGAGUAGCGACGAUUUGCAUUCCUCCACGUCGAGUGGUGGUAACUAUCACACAAAGAAGCCUCGAGUGCAACUCAACUCGAAUGGAGGAAGCUAUGGCCAACAUUCCGCGAACGGCGGCAACAUGGUCAAUGCCAAUGGUAGCAGCAAUCACUUUGGACACGAUAGCGACGACGAUUCGGAUGACAACAGCGCUGCCCUAAUGACACCACAGACAAUGCUGCAACACGAUAAUCACUACAGCAAUUCGGUCAACAUGCAACGCAAUGCUGCCAAUGGAAAUAUGAGUGGCAACAACAGCAGCAAUAAUAACAACAACAAUAAUCAACAACAGCAACCACAGCAGCAUCAGCAACAUCAGAAUAUGUUUCCAGCAAAUUCGGAUUUCCUGUUUCAGCUCUAUCAACAGCUGCCUCAACAGGCGGGCACUUCGCAUGCCUCGAGCUUUGGAAAAUUCCAAACGCCACCGAAUCCUCCAAGUGUGCAUCGUUCGUCGGAGCAUUUGCUGGGCGAACUGGUCACCACAGAGCUGCUGAAGAUGAGCAAGGACCGUCGGAAAAACGUGCAGAAGCGAAUAUUGGAAAUACUUUUCUUUGAUGAUUAAACAAUUCCGAUUGUUUGGCCAGUAUUAGAAAUAGAGGAGACAAGUUACUUGUAUAUAUACACCUAAAAACACACAUAUUUAUUUGCAUUGAAUGAAUAAUAUUGAAAUAAGUUGGUAAGUUUAAUGUUUUGGUAUUUGAUUUGUCGGCUUUUAUAUGUAUGUAAAGUAGAGUUAAUUCAGUUUUGGUCCGAGAUCCCACCAUGGCAUUUGAAAAGUUGUCGAUUCAACGCUUUCCAUCUGUGCUAGUCAUGAACAAUUUAUGUUGACCAACAACUCUCAGUGAAGAUCUAAGUUCUACUAUUUAAAUGGGUUCAUUGUGGCAUACCUAGUAUUGCCAGCCUAGUGUUAGGAUAACAGAAAUAAAUACAGAAAUACGCAUGUAAAUUAUUUUUAAUGUUUAUUAAAUUGUACACAAAUAUAUUUGAUUACAAUUCGAAC